UCACCUCACUGAUAACGGUGAUAAGCCGUUAUCAGAUUCGAGAUUCGACAGUUGCGGAAGACGUUGUCUCAAUUUGAUCAUCACGCUCUUUAUUGUUAUCAAUAUAUUCGCUAUCGCCUCACUUCUGAUCAGCAGUCAAUACGCUGAAUACGGAGCCACUCAGCUGCCGCAUCGGUUGAGCUUGUGCUACGAUGAUCUGCUACUCUAUAAACGAACCACUGAUAAGCAGAUUCGACGUUUACUCGUGGAUGAUUUUCAAAAGCUGAAUAUAUCUUUGGAGAAUAACGUAUCGAAUGCGGGCAGUUGGCUGAUUCAACGGCUCGGGCAGCUCACCGGGGGUGUGCAAGCCGUGGAACAGCUCCGGAACACCUCAAAAACUGCCAUCGAGCUGAAGCAACUGAUUCGAGAUGCGCGAGAUGAAAUCGACUCGUUAAAUAUUGAAUUUAAAAAAUUCCGGAUCGAUUUCACGAAACUGCGACGUACUUCUCUCGAUGAACUGCAGUCGACGUGUUCAAAUAACAAUGGUGGUGAUGAUAUUAUCGGGAAUAUUUGUGGGAAAGUAGAGAACUUAUUGAACAGUAUUGAUCAGGCAUUACCGAUCAGUGAUUUGGUGAUCGCUGAGAAAAUCCUUCCCGAACGGAUAUUCUACGAGCUGGAUCGCGUAACGGCUUCAAAUUUAACGCAGUUGAGUGCAAAUUUUUACGCUGAUGACGGUGAUCUGCACGAUAUCGAGAAGGAAUUGCAGGCCGAAAUCGAUCACAAUCGAUACGCCGCCCAGACCAUGCUAAAGCAGAUCGGUGAUGAUCUGUACGGUGUAUCGGAAACGAUUUCCGUUGAGUUGAGAGAUAUCGAUUUCGAUGGUUUCAAGCAAUCGAUGGAACGGACCUUCAAUAGUGAUCACGUGGAUUAUGCCAGAUAUGUGGAAUACAGUUGGUUUGCUGUAUUGGCUCUAUCGGGUGUGUACGCUCUGAUAGCGGUUUACUUUUUAUUUGGUCUAUUUUACGGGAUGUGUGGCAGGAGACCGACGUUGUAUAACGACGACUGCUGUGUCCGCUCGACUGGCAGUAAAUUAUUUGGGUGGUUAGUGAAAUUUCAUUCAAUUUUUCCAUUUUUCAGAUGA